AAUCAAGUUUGGUGUGACACGUCGCGCCACCUGGUCCAAAAUAUUUCCAACACUGAGAAGGCUCUUUCGGCAGCUGUGCCUGAUCGUGUGGGUCGAGACUCGCUUCCUCGGCGUUAAUUUAAAAGUUGUCUGGUUUCCCUGGCUUUCGAUACGCCUUCAGUUGUCGCGUGCGAUCCCGGAUGCCUCCGCAGAAGACCAAGCGUCGAAGGGCAUCGAGCGUUCGGUAUUGUUGCGUGAAGGGCUGUCACAACCGAGAAGGCCUAGCUGGUGUCAAGCUCCACAGGUUCCCGUCGCGGCCCUGGGAACAAGCACGCCGCCAGCGAUGGAUAAAUGCCGUAAGGCGUGUAAACGAUGACGGUUCAAACUGGAGUCCGAACGAGAGCUCCAGGAUAUGCUCAACUCAUUUCCUGAACAACGAACUCAGCAAUAUCGAGAACCACCCUGGUUACUACCCAACGCUGUUCCCAGAAGUGUACCGGAAGAAGUUUGUAGAUCCUGAGGCUCAACUUGGAAGGUUCAGCAGGUGGCAGGAGCGAUCAGCAUGUUCAGGUGCCUCAGCUGCAGGUUCUUCAGGACUACCAUCUACAGGUGGUACCAGCCCAGUGCCUUCUGAGCAUGAUUCAGAUUCCAGUGGAGGCCCACAACGGGGGUUGGAGCUGCUGUGUGAAGCUGUAGAACUUCGAGAGAAGUGUUCAGUGGAGAUCCAGACCGAUGAACUCGGUACUUGCAGUCGAGGCUUCACAGUCUUCACGUGCUCCCUCGAAGGCGGCGCUGGUUGCACACAGAUCACACAUCGCGAGGUCUGCGACUUUGGGACACAGCACCAGCCAGAGUUGUCUUCAAAGUAUUCAGGUCCAAGCGAGAGGACCAGUUUCUUCGGAGGUUACGAGAGCAUCCGACAUUCGGAGGAUGCAUUACAAGGCAUUUGCAAUGUAAGCAUGAGUGUAUUUGCUUUGUUUUUGAGCAUGUUGCCCCUUGUCACCGAGCGGAGCUGUGAUGUAACGCUGGGGAACCGGCUGCUCCUCUUUCUCAUGAAAAUGAAGCUUGGGUUGAGCUACACUGCUCUUGGUGUGAUUUUUAGUGUCGAUAGAACUACAGCAUCGCGCCACUUCCGAGCUGUGCUGACAACGUUGACUGCUGCGACAGCGAGGUGGAUUUUCCGGCCUCCCUCUAGCAUUAUUCGAGCUACGUUGCCAGAGUGUUUUAAAGUCAACUACCUUGAAUGCAAAAUGAUCAUUGAUUGCACCGAAGUAAGAACAGAGGAGCCAAGUAGUGUUGGCCAGCAGCGCGUGCUGUACUCGAGCUACAAGAGUGGCUACACUCUUAAGUUUCUGGUCGCUGUAACCCCUAAUGGGGCUAUUUGUUUCCGUUCGAAGGCAUACGGAGGCCGAUGCUCCGACAUCCAUGUUACGGUGGACUCUGGGUUCUUAAACAUUGUGCAGCCGGGAGACGUAAUUCUGGCUGACAAAGGUUUUCCGGGCAUCAGGGCAGGUCUGGCAGACACCGAUGCGGUGCUCGUGAUGCCGCCUUUUUUAUCGGGGAAUGGACAGUUUAGUGAGCAAGAAGUGCGCGACACUUAUGACAUUGCCCAGGUCCGAGUUCACGUGGAGCGUAUGAUACAGCGAAUUAAGAUAUACAAUAUCCUCAGGACAACGGUGCCCAUUACUCUGAUCCCCCUGAUGGAUGAUGUUUUCCACAUGUGCUGUGUGCUGGCAAAUUUGCAACCUGCCAUCAUCAAGCCACAGGAAUAAGCGGCAGUAUGUGUAGGCCCAUUCAGACGAAUGGCAAGGCUUGGUAUGUGGCUCCAAUUUCUCGUAUGGGGGUCGACUCUUCCUGGGUACCAGCGUAGGCUCCAACGAGCUUGAGUAUCACUUAGAACGGUAAACCGCAACCCAGGGCCUACAAUGGAAAUGGCACCACCCCCCCCCCCCCCCUGGUUGCCGCCAUCUUACCCAAUUGCCACAUUAGUGAUCACGUGAAACUAAGAUGGCUGCGCCCAGAGGUGGGCCAGGUCAAAUUGGCCAGAUCACGGUAAGCAGAGGGGACCUCUGAGGCUGCGUUCGAAUCUUACUUGAAUGGAUCCGCAUUAUUCCGGUGGGUCAUGUCACGUGACAAGACUGAUAGAGCAACUGGACGCGGGUAGGUUUUCGAACGCCAAGGUACAGAACAUUUACCCUAGAGCGAGAUCAAGUAAAUUUUGGACUGCGGCCCUGCUUAUUGUAAUCUGGCCAAUCUGAUCUGGUGCACCUAUGGGCGCAGUCAUCUUAAAGUCACGUGAUCACUAAUGUGGCAAACGGUCAGGAUGGCGGCAACCGGGGGGGGGGGG